AUGGGUGACGAUAGCUGGGGAUCUUUACCAAAGGAAAUUAAAAUUAAUCCUGAAGACACCUGGCCUGUUAGUACUCAUGAAGACAUCUCUAAUCGAAAUGCAACACCGAGGAAUGGUCAAGGAGACAACGAAAGAAUGCCGAAUCGUAGAUCGUCUUCAGUGGAGUGGGCAAAUAAUCGGAAGUUGGAAACCGAUUCGCAUAACAAGGAGCAAACCAGGUAUAAAGAUGGUGAAUGGACAAAGCAAUCAUCUAAUAACGACGAUUGGAAACAUCAAAAUCAACCUUUAGAAAAAAGAGAUAAUGGUUUUAAUAUACGGCAAAAGCAAUAUCCGACGUUCAAUGAUGAUGAUCGAGCAGAAUUGCAUAAUAAUAAUAGUCGGAAUUCAAGUAAACCACCUAUAUCAACCGUUGAUUAUGAUCAAAAGAGAGACAUUGGGAAUCCUCAAGGACCUUCUAAUAGUUACGAGGAUGAUUCGAGAAAUUUUACUCGUGCAGCUAGUUAUAGUAAGUUGCCUAAUGAUGCUGAUUCGCGUACAAGACAUUCUCCGAAUGUUGAUGAAGACGAGGAAGUGAUACAUAAUUCUUUAUCCGAAAAGCGAUUGACAGGUGAAAGAUGGAGAAAUGAAACGAAAAAUUUGACGAACGAUCAAGAUAGGAAAUUAAGAGAGAAUCAAACGGAGGGUUCUAGAUUUGAGCCUAAGGAGAUGAAAUUUAAAGAUGAAGGAAUUCAGACCGAUCCAAUUGAUCUGGGACCCAUUGUACAGUUGAUUUAUUCUAAAGACCAUGAACUUGGGUCUGUUGUACGUAAAAAACUACUCUCGCUUGGUUUUAAUGCAAGUGUUGGGAGAAAUGCUUCAGUAUCAUCCUCGGCGUCAGCACAGGGUCGUUCUUUAUUGGAAAUGGAACCUGAUGAAUUGUAUAACUACGAGAAUAACAAGGGUAAUAUACGUGGCGAUUUCAACGAUUCGCGGAAAUCACAGUCUGUUUCUCGAUCGGCGCAUUCCCCAAGUGCGAAUAAUGAUUCUUAUGGAUCGGGUAAUAAAUGGAAGGCAGAGAAUGACCAAGAGGCAUCCAAUAAAUUGAACAAUACUCGUAAUUCUUACACAAAUGACUUUGAGUCGCGACGACCUUUAAGUGUUACUUCAAGAGUCAAUGAACAAAAGGGAAGCUAUGAUCGUGAUCUUUCCGCGCACAGCGUAUCGAAAGAAUUUAAGUCAUCGGAUUCUUCAAAAGUUCGGGAACCAUCGAGAGUGAUUGCAAAGACCUCUGCAAAAAGUCCUGAACCGUGGGAAGUCCCCUCUGAUAAUGUACGAAGAAAUACUGGAGAUCGUAGUGUUUCUCCAAGAAAGAUUCGUGAUUCUUCCCCCCUACCGAGUUCUGAACCCUGGCAAAAUCAAAACCAAAAGAAAUUUGAAUUCAGAAAUCAACCUAAUGACUCCUUGGGCGUAAAACCUUCCGAUUCUCGUGGUCCUUCUCCGAGUCAUUCCUCGCGAGAGAUCAAAUCACGUGGCGAAUUCUUCGGUGACGCAAAUAGGCAAGAGAACGAUUCACAUUGGAAAGAUGAAACUCGUGGUUACUCUCAUAAAGUGGAUCCACGUACUUCACCUCGUGAUUCACAAAAACCACGUGAUAUCUCUAAUUCUUCAAGGAUCACACAAAGGAUUGAAGCUCAAAAGAAAAAUGAUUCUCAAGAAGUUUUAACUAAUAAGCCUACCGAGAAGCUUAAUGAUUCAGGUGGUUCUAUGCCUCUCCCUAACACAGAUUCGUGGAAUUCUGGUCAAGCAGAUUCAAAUGAUUGGCGUAAGAAAGCAGCCUUGUAUAAUCGAGAGCUAAAUGAACCUGAAAGAUCCUCGAAAAAGGAGACCGAACCUUGGGAAAAAAAUCAAAGGCGUGAGCCAUGGGAGACGACUACUCAUAACGAUAAUCCGGCUAGUUUUGAUGUGCAUAAGAAUGAUAGGAAAUUAGAACCUUCUGUAAAUAAAGAUUCCACAGACAAUUUGGAUGUUGUUAAUAAUCGCUUCGGGCGAAAAGAUGAUCACUACAGUAAGAACAACUCAUAUUACGGUGAAAAAUCUUGCGCUAAUUGUAAUAGACCCGGACAUCUUUCGCGAGAUUGUCCCGAUUCAUCAACUUAUACAGAGGAUUCAAUUCGUCCUUCAAAUGCAACAAACCUGGUCAUAUGGCAUCUCAAUGUACCGAGUCCAAUAUUGAUAAUAACGGCGACCGCCAAUUGUCCUUUAAGAACCCGAAAACCCAGUCCAUUUGUCAACCCAGAACCCUCUGGCAUAUCACCUGGAGAGGCAUGGAAAAGACUAUUGAAGGCAGAUCUUGAAAAAGAUAUUGAAGAUUUCAGAAAAUGGCUUGAGGAAUACGCGAAAGUUUCACCUCAAGAGACCUUUCAGUCGAUCGAAAUGAAACUAAGAGAUGAAAAUUGCAACGGAAGAAUAAUUGCCGUAAAACGUGAAGGAAUUCCCAUCACUAGUUGUUUGGUCGACCUUCAAGGAAAUACCGGAAAAACCUAUCUAGCACAGCCCUCGUUUUCAAUCCCAACUGGACUUGCUCCAGCUUCAGGCACUUUUGCUAAAUCAGGGGAUGAAAAUUUCCGGUGGCUGGCCGAUGCCGGUUUUUUGGGUGACGAUCCUUCUCCUGUUUGUUACAACUGUAAAGAAAAAGGGCAUAAUACUAAACAAUGCGAAGCACCAAGGAAAGAAAUUGAUCGUUCUGGUCGUCCACAAUGCCAAGUUUGUAGUUCAUUUGAUCAUACGACUAGGCAAUGUGAUAAACGUGAUCGAAACGAUAAACCUUACGGUGGCUACAACGGUCGCGAUAAUUAUGGUGAUAAAGAUAUUCGUUCUCAAACUGGUUAUAACCGUCAUGAAUACGAACGGCCCGAUAGGUACGGCGAUAACAAUACACACAGAUCAUAUGACAAUGAUAGUAGAGAUGGUAACAGGAGGAAAGAUAACGCAAAUGAUUAUUCCACUUCAUACAAUAAAUAUAAUAACAAUGAUAGCUUUAAUAAGAGCAGAUAUAAUGCCAGCGGUCGAGGAUCCUAUAAUAAUGACGAUAAAAACUUUAAUCGUAAUAGAGGUGGUUACAAUGAUGGUUACAGUAACAGAGAUAACAGAGAUAGGGGUGAUCAUAACUCGAGAGAAGAUAGAAACUUUACAAAUCGAGGAUAUAAUGAACCCUAUUCUAGGGGCAAUAGGGAACAGGAUAGCUAUUCAUCGAGAAACGGACAAGACAGAAGUAGAGAUCCUGCCCGGAAUAGAAACGAUUCUGUUAGGGAUUUCAAUAAAGACAGCAGAGGUCGCGGAGUUAUCGAUGAUACCGCGCAAAAAUGGGAUAAGCGACAAAGAUCAACAAGUGUAAAUCGGAGCAACAAUAGUAUUGAAAAUCCAAAAUUAGAUGAUAACUGGGAUCAACUGAAAGGUCAAGUAAUGACAAACUGGAGUAAAGUUACAAGUCAAAGUUAUGAAGAAAAUUCCUGGCCCGCACAGGAAGGGGAAAAGAAAGGUCCGUACAAUAAUAAUACUAGGUACACUGAAAAUCAACGUCCUCGAGGUAACAAUGAAGAACCACGCGGACGGAGUAUGCAGACCAAAGCCUUGUCAUCUGCUAAUCCCGAAGAUAAUUCAUAUCUUGAUAACGUCAAACAAUGGUG